AUGGCUACAGAGACACCAGAAGAUCUAAACUUCCAAGAGUUUCAGGGGGCUUCAGACCUGCUGUUGGCUGCUCCUGAUGCCUCUGCUCAUAGCGUGUCCAGCCCCACUACAACGCCAGUCCAGGGGGACAUGGCUGUCCAGCUAGACCUAUCAGAGGAUGAGGAGAACCAGGAGGAGAGUUCAAAGCUGCUGGGAGGAGAGGAAAAGACCAGCGGCUUCUGGACAUUUGAGUACUACCAGUCUUUCUUCAACGUGGACACAGUGCAGGUGCUCGAUAGGAUCAGAGGGUCACUGAUGCCUUUGCCAGGGCGAAACUUUAUCAAGCACCAUCUCCGCAGCAAUCCUGAUUUGUAUGGGCCUUUCUGGAUCUGCGCUACGCUGGUGUUUUCUUUGGCCAUCAACGGGAACCUCUCCACCUUCUUGAGUCAGAUGGGUGACCCCCCCUACCACUACAGGCCGCACUUCCACAGGGUGACCGUAGCAGCUGUGGCCAUCUACCUGUAUGCCUGGCUUGUGCCCUUGUGCUUGUGGGGGUUCCUGAAAUGGCGGCAGGGGACAGAGCGGCAAACUGGGGGCUACUCCUUCCUGGAAACCGUAUGUGUGUACGGUUACUCCCUCUUCAUCUACAUCCCCACCUCAGUGCUGUGGAUCAUCCCCAUAGAGUGGCUCCACUGGGUGUCAGUCCUCAUCGCCAUGGCGAUCUCUGGCUCGGUGCUGGCCAUCACGUUUUGGCCCAUCGUCUGCGACGACACAAAGGCAACUGCCCUCGCCACCAUGGCGACCAUCGUUCUGCUGCACGCGCUGCUUGCCAUUGGCUGCAAGCUGUAUUUCUUUCAGAUGGACGUGUACACAGUGAUACCCAGUCCCUCACUGGCCCCUUCACGCUUCAACCACACAGUCCCACUGAUAACUCCAGCCUCGGCACCCUGA